CUGCCGCGUAAUAUGUCCGUUCGCAUGCCUGGCUUCCGCGGCACCGGCGGCUUCCUCCAAGGCAACUCUCUCGGUAUCGAUCGACAUGGCACGAAUGUGCGACGCCAUUAUAUCGACCAGUCUGGGCCUCAUAUCGUCAAAAGCAGAAGCGGCUCGAAUCUCAACCUGAAUACUCGCUCCAGUGAGGAGAUGCUCCGACGUCUCUCGGAACGUAAACGUCGUCGAACUUUUACCUUGCCUUUCUCUGGUGGAGCUAAGGUCGAGUAUGUUGGGCUUGAGGUACUUGGUGCCCGUAUGCGUGAGAGGAGGCAACGAAGACACGACCGUGCGCUGGAGAAGAGACGGGAAAAGUUGAGAGGUCAGAUUGGCACACGGGUGUACCAUGCUGGUGGAAGAUGUGGCGUUGGGCUUGUGAAUACACGGUAGAGGGCUUAUGCGACCACUGCGAGAGCGCAGGAAACACCGAGCUCCUCCGAUCCAGCAUUAUGACCUUUUGGUGAGUGCCAUUUGGAGCAGCGAUGGCAUUGGUGUUCAUGCUUGGAUUGUCCGCAAUGUGCUGCGUUUCCUGGGUGUUAAGACGCGAUGAAGAGUUGGAGACGCAAUUCAUACCGCGUGCACCUGUGGAUGCGGGUGGCGGCGGAAGAAUUGCAUACAUGAACGCCCAAGAUCAUGUUUACAGCGAGCGUUUCGAUUCGAUUUUACGAUGAUACCGAUUACGACUGAAAUGUCUUGUUUUACGAUAUGAAUGGCAUAUGACGAACCGAGGAAUGGUAUACAGCGAGCAAUUUCAUGAUGAUGACGAUGACGAUGAUGAUGAUGAUUUUCGCGAUCUCGAUAUUUUGUUUUCCACGAUUUAUUUCCUGCGGUCUCAUGGAGUGAAGAUUAAUCUCACACGGUUCUGCAUGUUGAUGCGCGGCUGCUCUAGCAUGGUAACAUCAGCCAGAGCCUUGGGUCAAGAAUCAUGUCGUCAUGCGGAUGACUUCCAGCCAAUGCUUGGCCCACGCCUGGGACGUUUGAACGGAACCAGCUUUAUAGAAUCAAGGUCACUGAUGAACCAUUCCGAGUGUCCCCCACAGCAUGGCGUUACUCAAGGACACGCCCCCGGUGCAUGCUCUUCACGCUCUGCCACCGGCUCUUCGUCCCGAAAAGAUAGUCAGGCUGUAGCCUUGUCAUAUCUGAGCGCUCACCACAGCUCAAGGUCUUUGGCGCUGCAUGGACGAUUCAAAGGUUCGAGUGCACUAGCUGCUGAUGUAAGAGCUCAACAGUUUCAGAAUGCUUUGAAGUCCGUAUUGAUUCUAACCUCCGAGGGUGGACUCGCCGCCAUUCAAGCAGUAGUGACCGACAUGCUGCUUUUGAUCUGGUUUACCAUCAGUGAGUGCUCAGAUCCCGUGACUGGAAGACACCGAUACGCUACAUCCGAAGAAAAGUUGUCAUAUUGCGAAGGUAGGGAAGUCAAAAGCACGGUGCUUCCUGCUUCCUGGAAUCUGGUUCUCAAUAAUCGUCAGCAAGAUGAGGCUAAAUCGAGUCUUGCCGUCCAAUCUUCCCGCUGGGGCCAUCAACGCACACAAAUUUUGGCCGAGGCCGCACAAAAGAUCAACCAGUUCGGAUGCGACUGA